UGUCAGUAUUGUAAUGCUGUUGGCACAGGCGCAGGCCGUCGAGACUCUCCCGUGCUAGCUGUGGGCCCCUUGUAAGCCAUGGUUGGCACGGACUGCGAACGGCCGACCCCUGCGCGGGAACCGGUGCCGCUGGUGGUGGUGAGCCCGAUGCACGUGAUGACGCUGUCGGCCCGCCGAUCGUGGGGCGUGCGCAUGGCCCAGCGCCUGCACGCCGUCUCCCAGCGGUGGUUCACGCACGUGCUGCUGCUCUUCCUGUUGGCAGCCUAUGCAGCGCUCGGCGCACUCGCGUUCCGCUGCCUCGAAGGCCCCUACGAAGCACGCGCAAAGACGGGUCUCCGCCAGGUGCGUCGGCUACUCGUGGAUGAGCUGCGCCGGAGCUGCAGUUCGACCGACGAGCACCGGUGGCGGCGGCUGGCCCUGCGGCGCCUGCAGGAGUACGAGGCACAGAUGCGUGCUCUCUGUCAGGCCGGAGUCACCACGGACGCCGAGCGUCAGCUGUGGACCUUCUGGGGCGCCAUGUUCUACUGCGGAACCGUCUUCACAACUAUCGGUUACGGCAACAUUGCGCCGAGCACCACCACCGGCCGGGCAGCGACCAUCGCUUACGCAUUAUUUGGCAUUCCACUGCUGCUUAUGGUGCUGGCCGACCUGGGCAAGCUAUUCACGCGCCUCAUCAAACUCGCCUUCACAGCCAUUCGGCGCUUCUACAACACUAAGAACAUGCGCAGCCUGCGUAGGGCCAGCCGAAGGGCCACCGAAGCACCGGGACAGAUUCUCGUGGCCUGGAGGACAACAGCGUCGUAUCCAUCUAGAAAGCGCAUACGCCGUGCCCGCUUACGGACGGAGGUCGUUGACGAGGCCGCAGUUGAAGCGCGGGUUCCGGUCUCACUAGUGCUGCUCUUCCUGCUGGCCUACAUGACUCUGGGCGCGCUCAUGUUCUCGCUCUGGGAAGGCUGGAGCUUCUUCGAGGCAUUCUACUUCGUGUUCGUGUCCAUGAGCACUAUUGGUUUCGGAGACUACGUGCCCCAACAGCCCGCGUUCAUGAUGGCUGCGUUUGUCUACCUCCUGUUCGGCCUAGCGCUCACUUCCAUGUGUAUUACCGUAAUCCAGGAAAAACUGGCAGCCACCUUCGAGAAGGCUCAAGCCCAGAUCGGCGUCUCACUGGGACUCGACGACGCCAAUGGCCUGCUGGGCGGUGCUUAUGUGGAGUCGGCGCACAACGAACCCAUUCUGAACCCGCAGCCCGUUUAAGAACACAGGUCUG